GCGGGAAGUCCAUUGCUCCCGAGAGCGCGCGAGUGCAGAAAUCGCGAAUGACGAUGCAGACGGGGCCGAGACGACGGGGUCGGACUGUGGCGAGCACUACCGCCACCAGGAUGGUUAAGGCAAGCCGAUUGACAUUAACGACGCAGCCGCAAACAUACACAUGCCAACAUUGUGAAUGCUGUCGGAUGUAUCGACAGCGUUGACACAUAGAGGUGGCCAGAGCGGUGUGUAUUUAGUGCGAGGUGACCGAGGAAUAGGAAGAAGUUUUCACGAAAGGUUAAUGAGAAUUCGAAUCGGCCGAGAAGAACAGGAGACUAUCCGAUCUAUGUCGAGGGUGCGACGUGCGCACUUUCCCCACGACAAGAGAACGGUGCAAGAGGUUCAAGUGUCGUCCACGGUGUCGGCGCUUAACCUAAUUUCCCGAGUCAGUACGGGAGCAUUUGUAUUCGGCUCGUGAAUUAUAAAAGAGCCAUACAAUAUGGAGCAUUACGGUAAUGCGGAGGCCAGCGGCAACGGCGAGGCCGAGACCGAGCGAUGGAUGAGCAAAGGACGUGGACGAGGCGUUAGAUCCGUGGAGCAGGAACUUCUUCGUAGGCCUCAUCAAGCCCUAGGAACUGUGAGCGACAUUGUGAAAAAUUCCAUUCUAUCCGUUGAUGCUGCAGAAUUUGUACCAAAAGCAUUUGUUCCAUCGGGUCCUGUAUCACGAAGUUCGGUUCAGGAUCGCAUACAUAUAGCGAGGCAGGCUCAAAAUGUUCAGCAAGCUAUGCUUCAAAGGCAACAGCAGCAAUAUAAUUGGCAACAAUCUGGAGCUCCUCAACACUUUCAACAACAGUCUUCUGAAACGGGAUACCAUGGACUGCCGUAUCAGCAGUACAAUCAGUAUCCUAUCAUACACGAUUAUAGUCAGUUUGAUGGAGGCUCUGGAGAUUUUGCCGAUAAACAUCAAGAGGAUGGGCAAAUUCUGGAUUUUAACAGUACUUUAAUGCAAUUGGAAAAUGCUAUGAGAACUUUAACGACAAAUCCUGGAAGGUUUGACUCCUUAGUUGCACCCUUGGUAGAUACCAUUAGUCCAUAUCUCGAUCAGCCUAGACAUUGCGAGCAAAUCUUUAAUGCCAUCAUUCAGCAGUCAAUCGACGAGGGAAAUUUUCGAUAUAGCGGUGCCAGACUCUGUACGCAUCUUGACACCGUAGCACCAGCAGCAGACAGACCCACAUCGAUUUUCAAGGAAACAUUAAUUAAUCAAUGUAAACAAAAGACUGAUGAGCAAGCGGAAACUUGGCGACAAGUCACAAAACACACCGACGAAAUAGAGAAAAAGUGCCAUGGCUUAAUAUUUUUCCUAGCUGAGCUAGUCACUCAAAUGGAAUCCGCGCCAGCUUCAGAAUUAGGAAAGCUUCUGAUUCGAUUAAUAAAUACUGUCUUACAGAAUCCAGCUUCCAGUUCGGCUAAAAAUAUUUGUCAGGCUUUAAAGUUGGCAGGCCAAACUUUAGAGCGAGACAGUAGUGGGAAUCGAACAGAAAUGGAGCAAGUAAUGCGUACGCUGUCAGACCUAGUCAUUCAAGGUAGAGUGGAUUCACACGUUGGUAGAAUGGUGAAUACUGUAAGUGAAUUAAGAAGUGGAAAUUGGGGCGUUAUUUCAUCCCAUAUGCCUCUGCACAUUGAAAACAAACAAUCUUCAAGUUCUCAAGUAGAUAACGAGGCAAUAUUUUAUGGCCCGGAUGGUAAAGUCAUAACGGAUGAAGAAAGUAGGUUUCUCGACGAUUUGGCAGAGACAGAAGUUGGUUCUCAAGAAUUCUGGGACAACGACGAUGAAGAUGAUAUGAUAGCAGAAGCAUUUGAAGAAUUUUUAAAAUUUUCCCAAAAUAAUAAUAAAACAAACCAAAAAAAUGUACAGAUGAGAAAUUAUGCGGAGCAUUAAGAAUAUGAUGUUAUUCCGGAUGCUCUUUACAAUUAUCAUCCUGUCCAAUAUUUGAAUAUAUUUCAUUUCAAUUCGUUAAAAAGCAAAUCGUUUUUUGUUAACACAAAUCGAGCAUUUUUUAAUUUACUGUGUAAAUCAAAGGAACAAAAAUCUAACAUGUACAAAAUAUACAUUA